CAGGAAAAGACGGUUGACGUUCUUACGCCUGGCUAGGUGAUUGGCGAGGUAAGAUGGCGGCGCCAGAGGAGCCAGAAUUAUCCCAGGCGCAGACCGAAAAACUCCUUCAAUUUCAGGACUUAACGGGCUUGGAGUCGAUGGACCAAUGCCGCCGAACAUUAGAGCAGCAUAAUUGGAACAUAGAGGCUGCAGUGCAGGACAGGCUUAAUGAGCAGGAGGGAGUUCCCAGUGUGUUUAACCCUCCACCAUCCAGACCUCUUCAGGUCAACACAGCAGACCAUAGAGUAUAUAGCUACAUCGUCUCUAGGCCUCAACCCAGGGGAUUACUAGGAUGGGGUUACUAUUUGAUUAUGCUUCCGUUCAGAUUUACGUAUUACACACUUCUGGACAUCUUCAGGUUCGCCCUGCGCUUCAUCAGACCAGACCCUCGCGCCCGCGUGACGGACCCCGUCGGAGACGUCGUGUCUUUCAUUCACGGUUUCGAGGAAAAGUACGGCCGGUCGCACCCGGUGUUUUACCAGGGCACGUACAGCCAGGCACUGAAUGAUGCCAAGCGGGAGCUCCGCUACCUACUAGUGUACCUGCACGGGGAUGACCAUCAAGACACCGACGAGUUUUGCCGCUCCACGUUAUGUACUGAAGAGGUCGUGACGUUUCUCAACACAAGAAUGCUCUUCUGGGCAUGUUCAACCAGUAAACCGGAGGGUUACCGAGUGUCCCAGGCGCUGCGGGAGAACACCUACCCGUUCCUGGCCAUGAUUAUGCUGAAGGAUCACAAGAUGACCGUAGUGGGGAGGCUCGAGGGCGUCAUCCAGCCAGAAGACCUCAUCAAUCAGCUUACCUUCAUCAUGGAUGCCAACCAGACGUACCUGAUGUCAGAGCGCCUUGAACGAGAGGAGAGGAACCAGACCCAGGUUCUAAGGCAGCAGCAGGACGAGGCCUACCUCGCCUCCCUCCGCGCCGAUCAGGAGAAGGAGAGAAAGAAACGGGAGGAGAUGGAGCAACGGAAGCAGGAGGAGGAGAAGGUCCGACAAAGUGCUCUGGCGGAGGAGAGGAGACGAAGAACACUCGAGGAGGAGAAGGAGAGGAAGUCAGAGUGUCUUCCUCCAGAGCCACUUGCCGAAGAUCCAGAAAGUGUCAAAAUAGUGUUUAAGCUGCCGAACGAUACACGAGUAGAAAGGCGAUUCCUGUUCGAUCAGUCUCUGACGGUAAUACACGACUUCCUUUUCUCUUUGAAAGAAACUCCGGAGAAGUUCCAGAUAGUUACAAACUUCCCUCGCCGAGUCUUGCCCUGCCUUCCGACCGAGGAGCAGUCCAACCCGCCCACUCUGAAAGAGGCAGGACUCAGCCGCUCCGAGGUGCUUUUUGUGCAGGACCUGACGGACGAUUAAUAAACGACAUACCUCUUCCACCUGGAAACGCAUUUCCUCUCACACCCCACCCACAUUUUUUUUUUUUUUUCGUUGUAUUUCUUUUUUUGUCUCAUUUUGUUAAAUGGCCAUUAUGCGUAAGGGAUCAUUAAGAUAAAAUCCUCUCCUGGAAAAUUAAACCUUCCUGCAUCCAGUCCACCUUUAGUUGUUUACAGGGUUCCCAAAGCCUGGAAAGUCUUGAAUUUUAUCGAAUAAAUAUUUCUUCAAGUUGUUUCCUGGUUCUAAUCUUAUGUUGGAAAAUCCUUCUUCCGUUGUCUUUUAAUAUUUCUCCCUCUUCAACAAGAACCGCUUAUUAAUAAUACCUGCCGACAUUUACAAAAGCAGCGGCGUCACUUUAUUCACAUCCAUAUCUGAAGCGAUCUGCCUGGGGAACUAAGAGGAUUUAUUUCACUUUUCUUUUUCGUAUACAGCAUUUCAACGACUGUGUGAAUGCCUUGGCUCUGUCUCUGUUACUUUUGUUGGAUCCAUUCGUCCUGAUUCAAAACCCAUUUCCCCUCCCCCCUCAAAAUGGUUGUAAAGUUUUUCCAUAUUCAUUGACAAGCACAACUAAAUUGAUCCAAGCUGAGUUUGGUGCAGCGAUUGUUAAUCCAUAUGCUCGUGGAGGGGAGGGCGGCCUACAGGACACAGACCGUGGAACAGGAUAUAUAUAUAUAUAAAAAGAUAAACGGGAACCCUGUUUCUAACGAGCCAUUACCUGUACAUAAGUUCAAUAUUUAUAACCCCCAAAUUGACCUUGUUUUAUUUUUCGACUGUCAUUGAAUGACCAAAUGCAGGUUUGUUACUAUGUAAAGCAGACUGCCUCAAUCCUAUGAAGUUUAAACAAUAUUUAACAGAGGCCACAGCUUUUACAUGUGGCUGUAACUAGUGUAGUAAAGUCUGCCCAUAGUGUGCCUGUGGUUACUCAUAGAUGCCUGUUUUUUUUUUUUUGUCUUUUUUUUUUUGCCUGUAACACCAGAAUGGGCUCAUGUAAAAGAUGUAAUUUUCCAGCUAUAAAUUAAAAACGUUUUAAAAAUGUGGGUUUAUUGAGAUUGUACAGCA